CGGCGGUGUCGCCUACCUCGGGCUCAGUGAGCCGAUGUGUGAGCGCCGCGACGCCCAAGAGCAACCCCGACGUCAAGCGUCGCCGACGUGGGUUUUACGAUAGGACACGUUCUUAUUUCUUUCGUCCUGCUCGUCGUCGUCGUCGUCGCCGCCGCCGCCGUUGUUUCUCGUUCCGCCGCCCUCGUCGUCGUCUUCCUAAGUUGCCCUUUUUUCGAUCGGCCAUCGUGCGGUGGCGCACGCGGCUAACACAUCGCCGAUCGGUUUGGUGCGCGACGCUAGGGAGUCAGAGAGAGACAGAGAAACGCGUACGGUACACGUACACACGAACCACCCUUCGCCUGUCCCUCUCUCUUCUUCAACAUCGCUCUCGCCCCCUCUCGGUCUUCAUCGCCUCGGGUGUUUCUCUCUCCCUCUCUUUCUCUCUCACUCUCUCUAUCUCGGCAAACUCGCAUGUUCGUUCCCUCGACGCAUCAUCGUUCCCCGUUGUCGCCGCUGCUGCUGUCCUUCCAAUCGGUGGUUCACGUGUUCCCCCGGAUGCAUUUUGAAACGGGUCUCCUUUGUCCAUCGUCUAUCGGUCACUCAUUUCUCGAGCGAGGUACGUCCAUGCAAAAGAAGGGGGAUGCUCGAGGACAGGAUCGGCGAUGAACCAGCGGCACCAAGGCGAAUGACAUAACGCGCACGGGUACAUAUUCGCUUAAUACGCAUCGAUUUGUUCUUCGUAGCCUUGCGAGAGGUUCGAUCCGUGAAAUCCAUCGACGACGUUAGAGUUUCGCCGUGAACAGGACCCGCUGCCCUUUUUGACUCCUCGAAACGCGUCGCCACUGUCUUUUCUCGUGUCUAUUCGUCCUUGCUCCCUUGUAUUUCUGUCCGUUGUCCCGGGUGGAGUUCUCGGAAAACGGAGAUACUCGUCGGUACGGAUGGUUGGGAAACAUGGGGUGACGCUUUGUGAGUACGAGCGAAAAGGGGACGGUGAGAGCGAGAGGAAACGUGCUGUGCCAGAGUGCGCGAGUGAGUAAUGAGACAGGGGUAGGGUGGUACCAAACGGAAGAAGGGGUACGAGGUUGGUUUGUAUGGGACAGAAAGGGUGCAUGACACGGGUGAACGAGGACAGCGACGCGACGACGCUUUUUUACCAGAGCUUACUCGUCUAACUUUCAAGGAGAGAUCGUCGGUCACAAUGUCUCGAAUUUCGAAUCGGACAAUCGAUCGACGAGUGCGCAUGGAUUAGCGUUUGAAGAGCAUUCGGUGAAUUACUAAUUAGCACCCCGCGUUCGAAUCGAAGAACGAUCGACGAUAACCAGCUUAUUUCUUUCCUGCUUCGCAUUGUGGCCUCGAGCACGUAGCUAGUCGGUCACAAUGUCGAGUAAGGUUUUGAUUCAGGUCUGACCUGUUGAUUCUGCAGAAAACGGUUGUCGUUAUGCGAGGCAUGCACGUUUAGUAAUUUACCUGAUGCUAUCAAUCGGAGGGGUAUGCAUGCUGUACAUACAUAUAGCUGCUGUCGUACACGGUUUAUAUACAUCAGUAUGCUUAAGCCUGGUUCGACCACGAGAGACACGCUUAGUUUUAUCGAACCGGGCAGGAUGUAUACUAUAAUUAAAUGUUUUUAGUCCAUUAGCAUCUCCCGUUAAUUAGUAGUUACCGUACACGGCCUUUUACGAGAAACCACUUUACGUAUUAAAAAAGAAAUGUUCGAUAUUUUCUACUUCUUCGCGUCGACGUACAAUAAUGGGAUCCGGUAAAAUCGUGGAAUGAAGCUCCACGUAAUUAUACUCUAAUCCGGAGUCGUGAAAUACAGAAUUUUCCUCGUUAAUAUUUAAAUUCCGAAUGCCCGUUCUAUUCUUAUCGUAGCAUUAAAAAACACGAGGAAAAUGCGUCUUCGGAAGCUCAAGGCUGUAAGCUUACGAGCUAUUUUUAGAACAAAUACGUCUGUUGCUCUGUGGUCGAUUUACAAGUUUUGCUUCAGGUUCGUACAGGUACUUGCAUGCUUUAAAAAAAUCUCGAAUAUGUCAGCGUGAAUAGAAAUCUGGUUAAAACCGUAUGAAUUAAUUGCUUCAAUAAACGGUUGAAACGCUACCAUCCCACGAAAUACUAUUAUCCGACUACGCAAUACCUUAAUUACCUUGAAUAGCUCCUACCCAAGAGCUCGCGAUAAUCGGUUAAUACGAUAUGACGCGAUAUAAAUUCCUGUUGAUCGCCAGGUAGACAAUGAACGGUUCUUUUCAUCUUCCAAAUGAGCGAGUUUCAGCAGUAGAUUAAAUGGUAUGUACGUGGCUUGCAUGCGGGAAUGAAGACGCGCGAUAAAACACGCGAGGAAUCUCGUUGAACUUCUUCUUAUUCACUAUCGACAUAGCUAGUGUUCGAACCAGUGAACCGAUUGGUCACCCGUUCCUAUCUCGUUUGUGACAGGAACAUUGCCACGGAGGGAAUUGAAACUCGUAAUUCUGUGCCACGGGAUUAACGCGUAAACGAUGAAAGCUCGUUGAAAUCUAAAUUCGUGGAUAGAAGAGAAAUUUCGUUGCCGGACGUACAUCUGUAUGAAUCCUGAUGAAUGGACUACGUCUGACGAAGAUAUGAAACAUUAGGCACGCUCGUCUGGCUCUGGCGAAGGCAUACCUGCACUUUUCAAGUUUCAGAAUGAACGCGACAGCGACCUACGCGAGUGCAACGAGUACUUUGACCGCAAUUAUAGCCACCGAGUCCGAGAUGAGAAUGGAAGAUCCGCUAGACGCCGACCUUGAUAUUUCUCCGGUCACCCUGUCCUCUACUUGGUCAAGGGUGGGCAGAUUACUUUUGUUAACAUCGAUGUCCGUAGCAGGGAGCGUCGGCAACGUCUUCAUGAUAUCCGCCAUCGUGGUAGAAGAUCAACUCAAGAAACGAGGAAAUGCAUUUCUGGUUAACGUGGCAUUGGCGGACUUGUUGGUAACAGGCCUCGUGAUACCAGUAUCCGUAAUCGUCAUACUAGCCGGGCAUGAAGAGUCAUUGAGUACAUGCCGAUUCGAAUGUACUCUGGAAGCCCUUUGCUUCCUGGUCACGGUGCUAACGCUGGCUACUAUAGCAGCCGAAAAUUAUACUCGUUUGUGUCUACCGCCCGAAAGGUACGCCGCGCUGACGCCGACCCGAGUGACAGCGACAAUAAUCACCGUUUGGUUGAUCUCGAUAACGACGGUGGUCCUUCAAUCCAUGCUGGACGUCGGCCCGGACUUCUGCCGUCGACGCUUCAGCGGCAUAGCCUUGGAGCAAAUAAUCGGCGCGACGAUUCUAGUAGGUCUGCCGGCUUUGGUGAUCAGCUUUCUGUACGUAAAGCUCGUGAUUCGCGUAAGACACGCCACCAGAGGCUCGUACAAGCCGCCCGUAGCCUUCUCCUGGGACUACGAGCUGGCCAAGGCGAACAUAUACAGCUGCGUGAUGUUCGUUAUAUUCUGGUUACCAUUUGGCACCGUCGUAUGUGUCAACUCUUUCCGACCGAUAAGCGCCCGCGUCUUCUACAACCUCGCCUGGUUCGCCCUGUCCAAAUCCUGCUUCAACAAUCUUCUCUACUGCGUGGCGGAUCGCCACUUCCGCAGCGCCUAUGUCAAACUCUUCCAUUACUGUUGCUGCAAGACCACGGUGAGUUUCUCGAGACGUACGCGCGAGGGUGGCCGGAACGCGAGCGACGUCCGCUUACGAGUUCAUAUAAUCCAUUCGUACGCGAGUCCUGGCGCCUCUCGUCCUCCCGUUGGCAGACCCAACGGACGCGACGUUUACGAGCUCUAAACAUGCCCAACGAUCGGGACGCAGCGGUGCGAGCUUAGUGGAACGCGGUAGCCAACUUUAAAUGAGUUGAAAUCCUCGGAGAGCUUCAAAAGCCAGGUCGACCGCGGAUUCAACCGGUUUAUGGUUUGUGGAAAACACAAAAUGAAUUCUUGCAAUUACAAGGGCAAUCGUUAUUGCUUGGGGAAAAUCCUAUCCAGAUAUAAUUUUCUAAGUUUCCUUAAGAAUCCGCAGUCUGGCAAUCGCGUGCACUAAGCAAAUCCUGCUGUACUUGCAAAAUGUAUCCUCGUUGAUACAGACGAUCACCGUCCAAAACUUCUUUCGUUUCCGUUCUUGUCAAAUGCUUGUGCGUAUGAUUACAUCUGACAAUUUAAAUAAAUUGUUUCUUUCUUCCGAUACAGAAGAAUCUUUCCUAUUCGAAUUAGAAGGAGCUAGGAGCUUCGUCUCAUGCACUGUUGAUUAUGCACUCAGAUCAGGGAUGUUCAUUCUAUUACACAAAGCUGUGUUUGUUCCAACGGAUCUGUUGCAUCGGUGUAUUAGAUUCCAAAUUACUCGUGUGCAAUCAGCACCGUAACCAAUGUUUCCGUUUGAAUAGCGAAUUGAUAACAUCGCUGGAAAUUCGUAUAAUAGGUGUUCUACUGUACUACCGUUAUCAACGAUGAUUAUUUUAGCCAGCGAAACUGCAGUCAGAUAAUUUUCCUCCCAAUUACUGCGUUCAUUUAUUAAACGAAACAGGUACUCCGUAAAAUUGCACGCUUAAUAGGCGGAGCAAGCCUGUUCUUCAGUGUUCUUCAGCAGGAAAGUACUUAACGCUUUGGCACUAAACAUCUCUGUGUGAUAGUCCCUUCUUCUAUCUAAAUGUGAAUAUUGUCCAGUCCAUGGUGCUAAACGAGCAUCGAAGUUCCGCGGUAGAGAUCACGAUUGACGCUGAAACGGGCAAUCGCCGUCCAUUGGAGAAUAUUGUCCUGUCUACUGUCCUGAAGGAGUCUUCCCUCCGUCUACUUAUAUGCAUAUUUCUUCCAGUUGCAUUCUUCCAAGAGUCGACUGUCUCACAGUAGAUUACACAUCCAACGGUCUCGAGACAAAUCGAAUCGCGAGUUUUAUAUUUAAUACAAAAAUUUAGUUUCGUAUUACAAGGACUUGCAGUAGAUUUUCUAUUUUUUUACAUGCCAGCGUUUUGUAUUAAUUUGAAGAUUAGUGCUAAGAUUUGAUGGCUUAAAUAAACGCUUUACGCUUCGCGAGUAUGUAUCUUUAGAUCAUUAAUGUAUUCAAUUUCUUAAUCCUGAUGUAUUAAAAUUGCAAGAAGCUACUCCUCGAUCCUUUGAGUCUGAUCGUGAAUCACGAUAAUUUCUUUUUUCAAAACUAAAUCUUGUAAUCAGGUACAUUGAAAAAUAGUUGAUCUCUGUGGUAUGCCUCCCGGGCGUGGAUCACCUUGAAAUACCUUGCAUUAUCCGGUGUAAUAGCUAGGCAAAGUAUCGAGGGACAAGAUCUAAAGCGCGAGGCACCUCAAUAACACGUGGACGGAAUUCGCGUGGAAUAUUCUGAUGCCGUAAUUUAUACUGAUACACUUUAGUGUUCAGUCUCGCACACGAUUUAAGCGAAAGAUAUUCCUCGUUAAAUUAUUAACCGUAGCUAAAUACACUCGACGGCUCGAAAGUAAUAUCGCUGCAACGCCUCGAAGGGUGAGAUUUAGAAGGGUCCGGUAUAUAUUCAGAUGAUUCACGCCGUUCCUACUGUGUGACGGAGUUAAAUCGUCGCGGCUAAACCGUUCCAACGAAAAUCAAUUUCCACGAGGGAACGCGGAGAGCGAAUGCAAUUCCGUAUUUUUCAUUUUUCACUCGCCGAAUCGUCAAAAUGGAUAUUAAAUCUACCCGGAUUAUAAAGCGUGCAUAUUAACGAAUAACGUUUUUGGAAGUUAACUGAGAAAAUCAACGGUACGCUGCUUCCCAUAUUUCGUACCAUGUUAAAAUCGGAUUUUAUAGAAUUACAAAAACGUAAAACGUGCAGGCGAUAAAGUUAACUGCAGUAAUGAGAGAAAACACUGUAUCAGAUGCAUCUCUUUAAGUGAUAUGAACAUAUCUCAAACAUGGAUCGAGGAAGCAAGUUUCUAUAGGAAGAGAGUCUCGCCAUUUAAUUUUGCGGGUACUCUCGAUCUACUAUCGAUGAGACCGAAUUUAAUUACGAAAUUCUUGCAACUAAUUGUUCGAAUUAUGCAAUCUAGCUGCGCUCGUAACUAAUCGAACAAAGUUUUUCCAAGAAGAUCCAACAGUUGGAAACUUCCUACUCAACGAGUUAAUUUAGUUGAAAAGUUCUUCUAUCAAAUGAAGUACCUUUGUACUAUCAGUUGCAUUCGUUUAAUUGAUAUUUAUUGCGUGCCUACAAUUACUUCGUAACUUUCAACGCUAUCAGCUCGUCCCGUGAAGUCAGAUAUCGUUGAUUCAUUUUAUUUCUAUCGACUAGGCCGUACGUGGCAUCAAUGUUAAAAGUACAAGUUCACAGAAACACGUCUAUAAAACUUAUGUAAACGGCCAUGAGAUUUUACCAUUUAGAAAUGUGUCCUAAUUUUCAAUCGAUGAACUAUGCUAUACCAUAAAAAAAUCGACGAAGACUGUUUCAGAGAACAUUUUUGGACAAAUACCUAAACGUAGAAUUUGUGAACACCAGAAAGGCGUAUAGAGCGUACGAAGCAAAGAGCAAAACUAAACAGAUACGACUGAAUCUUAAUAUUAUAUAUUAAACGCUAUUCUUGAAACGAGAAGAUAAUUAAUAAAUACUACUUAUACCGUGUUAUGGAAUUUCAAUAUUAUAAAGGGCUAAAGAAUUUACAUGUUACUCGUUCGUACGAUAGAUAUUUAAAAUAUAUUACCAGAUGUGAAGAGGAGCUACGUAUUCAACGUUUUCGUUUCCACGGAUUCUUAAUCGAUAAAUUCAUUUGUUCUUGGUAAAAGAAAAGAUUCGUGGUAGGAAACGAUAUUCGGUAUGGUUUCGAUUAAUGGUAAUCUAUUUCGUUCAGUGAAGAAAGUAAUUAAAAUAAGGGACGAAACGUGUUAUACAUAGACCGUUCGUUUCGUAAUGAGUUCUAUUGGUUACUAAUUACCACAGUGACGUAUCUUCUAACUGUAUCUAUAAUAUAUUGUACGUUACAUGCCUUCUGUCAAUCUGUGAUCACACUUUUUAGGUAUGAUUGUUCAGUAGCGAGGCGCGGCGCAGUUUUCAAUUUUACACGAUUGCAAAUUAUUACACGAAACGAACGUGCAGUGGAGCUCUUUUUUUUUUCUCUAUUAUUCAUAAAACAAUUCUAUCUCGGGAUGGAAUGCUGCAUUGGACACCAACGUCUCGCGGACCAAAGUACUAUACUAUUUUGAAACAAAUCCCCAAACGAUUUUGUCAGAAAAGAAUUUUUUUACUCGACAAGUGAAAUUGAAAACUGGGAGCGCGGUAAGAACUUUGUAAAAGGUACUGCGAGAAUCCGGAUUACAGACGAGUACAAAACCUUGGCUACGGUAACUCGAUCGGAAGCUUUCGCCGUUCUAAAUCGGAUACGGAGAACCGAAGGAAAAUACCGGGGGAAAUGAGAAACGCCGAUGACGAUGAUAAUGCUUGAGAAAUGGGACCAGGAAAAAGUUUGUUGUAACUACUUUUCCCGGCUACUUUUUUAUUAUACACUUUUUUUAUUCCGACUCGCCGUAAGCUUCGAUGAUACAGUCCGUCUGCGCGUCGACCGGUUUUACCCAUUCAGAUUCAAAACCGAUAAUGGAAAUUAAACGAGGAAGAGUUCUUAUCGACUCGAAUGAAUCUCGCCGCGAACAAAGUUUCGACUCGAACGGUAAAAUUGGACGAGCGUGAUUGUUUAGUUUUAAUUGAUGAACGCGCGGCGGUCGCGAAACUUAUGUUGAAGAGAAACUCUAGCUGACCCUUUAACGAAAUCAUAAAUGUCCGUAUACGUAUACGUAAGAUAAAUCGCGUCUAAGACGAUAAUAUUAUAAUGUAACGAUUCAUUUAUUCUAGUCACUCGUUAUCUGUAUUAUUACGUUCAUUAAUGAUUCAUCGUUCCCAUUUCAAUUCGUUCGCCAAUAUCACAGUGGAUUUUCUAUUUAAUGUUAUUCACGUAGAGAUAAGGAAAUUAAUUAACCGUAUUAAUCACGAUUACGACACGAAUACUCUUCUUAUCAAAUGUACGUGCGAUCUAAGGAUGUAAAUAGCGAAAAUUAAUUAACACGAGAAAUCGACAGGCACUGCAUGCGUGUUCGUAUCGCUUGUCGUAAAAAGAAAUUAUAUGCAUAUCUCUUUAAAUUCGAAUAUAUAUUUACUGUAUUUUUCGUCUGAGCAAUUUAUGCAGUGUCCGUCCAGUGGUACACUUUUCAAACUCUUACUUUGUAACAGAGAAUGUAUCUCUCUAACUUGUGUAAUAUACGCGUAUCCGAAGGAAAAUCUGAAAAGCUAUUGUUCCUUUCUUUCGAUUGCAGAUAGAAAUAGCGUAACUCUUAAAGUAAGAUGAAUAACAAAGGCAACAUUCCCAUUGUUUCUUUUCGCUUUACCUCCAAGUAAUUCUGUUAGAUGUUCGAACAGAUCGAUGAGAGGCCAAUUAUUUCUUCGUGCAAAAGAUUCUAUUAUCGAUUCAAUUAAACUUCUUUGCAGUUUGCAUUUACGAGGACAUAACGAUGUCCAUACGAAAUGUUCGUUGAUCGAAGAGGUACCCGAAUAGAACUGAUCUACGCGUCGUGGCUGAAGUCUUAAUUAAGUCACUAUCAUAUCGGCGUCACAUAUUUCUACGAUUAAAUUAUUAUUAAAUAUUACACGCGUUUUGUUACUGUGAGCUUUUGUAAUGAUAUUCGCGAACAUCAAGAAUCGUUUGCACGCGACAUGUAGUGCACCGAUACGUUUACGAUACUCCUAAUAAAUGUACAUGUGUAAGUACUUGACAUCUCGAAGAACGAUUUCUAAAAUUAAAUGUUUUCUCAGGUAGUCAAGGAAGAAGACUGCUAUUUGAUAUGACGAAAAUUUUGUUAGAACAAUCGUAUCGGCAAUUGGCAAGAAAUAAACCAGAAACUUCCUCUGACGUUGAUUCAAUUUCAUUAUAAUAACAAAAAGUUCUGAAUCGUUGCCCGACUGUCUGGCUAGAUUUAUGACUUUCCCGACGAGAUUGUCAAGAACUAUUAUUAUAAUAUAUCUAAAACUUCGAGGACCAUGAACUCACAAUAAAGUUUCUCUCGUUUUCUUGUAUAACUGUCGAGCAAGGUGUCUGAAGCGAGGUCUGCUUCUCAUCGUGCGAAACGAUGAUUCUACUACGUAUAACUCGCUGCAACGUAAUCGAUAAGCAAGUAAACAAAAAAAAGGAAACCAUAUAAAAUUGAUGUUGUGCCCGAAUAAGUGUCCAUGAUAAUAAAUUAUUUAACCACCGAUUAAGGCGACGUAACGUUAGACGAUAGAAUAGUUACGAUCAGUGUUAGUCUAGCUGAGUAGAUGGAUGUUACCAGAAUUAUAAUUUAAAGCAAUGCGAGACUUGCUAGUCGAUAGUACACCGAUAUGAAACACAAAUAUGUUUAUUUUUUACUGAAUGUAUUUCGCAUUGAUGUAUCUUUUGCAAGCGCCGGCCUAGGCGUUAUUAAAAAUUAAACAGAAAAAAAAUCCCUUG